AUGAAGAACUCUGUUGCUCUUCUGGCUCUUGCCGCCGGCGUUAGCCACGUCACUGCUACCGGCUGGAACAAGUUCCCUUCUUUCACCUGCCCCCAGAACACCGACAACCAGUGCGACGACAAGCAGAAAUCCGGCUUCUCCUGGGGCGACCUGAACACGGGAUCUUUCAGCAACUAUGCCGGAUUUGACUUCAAGGGCUGGACCUGUGAAAGCGACUUCUCCAAGCGCGAUCUCCUGGCUCCCCGCACCUUCACCAAUGGCAAGGUUAUCUCUGGAUCUUGCGGACAGAAGAAGGAGACCUCUCCCUCUUUCGGCUGUGGCUCCGGCCCCGGCGCCCCUGACAAGUUCUCCAUCUCCCACUUCGACGUGACCACCGAAUUCGACUGCGACCUGGAAUUCCACUACGACAUGCCCGAUGGCUCCAGCUGCAAGCAACGCUCUGCCUGCUCCAAGUCUGGAACCACUGUCAAGAACUCCCAGUGCGGUGGUGCCAAGAAUGUCACCAUCGUUUACCCCUCGCAGCCUUCCAAGCCCAAGCCGACCUGCGGCGUCGGUAUCCACACCAUCGGCUUCGACUGCAGCCCUGCCGAGACCCCCAAGCCUCCCAAGACCACCGUGAGCCAGGCUCUCCCCACCGCCACCACUCUCCGCACCCAGAUCCAGGCCCCGACCACUCUCAGCACCCAGAUCCAGGCCCCGACCACUCCCGCCGGCAUCCCCACCGUCUCCAAGCCCGUCGAGGAGACCAAGCCCGUUACCACCGCCCCCGUCGAGGAGACCAAGCCUGUCAUCACCGCCCCUGUCGAAGAGACCAAGCCCGCCACCACCGCCCCCGUCGAGGAGACCGUCUCUAUCCCCACCUCCCCGGCUGCCGUCACCCUUGUUGUCCCCGAGACUAAGACCACUGUCUACGACACCACCUCCACCAUCUACACCACUAGUGUCGAGACUGUGACCUCUUGCGCACCUGAGAUCACCAACUGCCCUGCCAACCACCACGCCGUGGUUACCCGCACCGUUCCCCUCACCACCACCGUCUGCCCAGUCACCGAGACCAUCAUCCACACCCCUGGCUCCGAGAAGCCUGUCGGCUCUGCCCCCUUCGUCAAGCCCUCUGGCACCAAGCCCGCUGGCCCCCUUGAGACACUUCCUUGCCCCGAUGUCGUUCCUCAGUGCCUGAGCAGUUGGAUGUGGUCUACUGGCUGCACUGCCAACUCUGACGCCGACUGCUACUGCCCUGACGCCCAGUUCGUUGAGAACAUCUUCUCUUGCAUCUACGCCUACGGCGUCAGCGACGACAUCAUCUCCAAGGCCACCCAGUUCUUCCAGGGCAUCUGCGCUCCUCACAUCCCCCAGAACCCCGCCAUCGUCACUGCUCCCGCCACCAUCACCACGGCUCUCACUGUUGGUGCCCAGCAGCCUGCCCCGACUAACCCCGCCGACAUCACCACUGUCGUCGUUGACAAGACGCUCGUUGUCCCCUGUGUCACUGGUGGCACCACCGUCCCCGGAUCGUCCACCACUGCCACCAUCAAGACGACCCUCGUGGUCCCCCACGUCUCCUUCGCCACCAACUCCGCCUCCGACGUCGUCCCCGUCCCCAUCACGGUCGGCGGUGCUGGCCCUACCGAUGUCCAGGUUGCUCCUUACCCCACCGGCCCCGCUGUCGGUGCCAGCAUGCCGGCCGGCACUGGCGGUCUUAAGCCUACCCCUACCGGUGUCGUCACCGCUGGUGCUGGCAAGGCUUCCUUCGGCAUCGGUGCUGUUGUCGCCAUUGCCGCCCUCGCUGCAUUCUAA